UCCACAAGAUGGCGGCCCUUGCACCAGCAUUUCUACGUCUUUACACUACAAAGGACUUUUUUACCAUUAGUUUGGUGCAAGUAUUGGCAGCGUGGACUUCUGUGGCGAUUUCAAACUUUGCUUCAACGCCUGUCUCAUUAUUAACGCGCUCAGCAGCAUCUCUGAGGUUAUUUUGUUUCGUGUUUGCCAUGCUGUGUUUCACACUUAUCCGCAUGAAAUCAAGGAUCAAAUUGUCGACAGUCCAAGUUUUGAAGCUUAUACUUUUUGUGUUUGGGUCAGCUGCAAUUUUCCAUGUUAUUGCUAUCCUGUUUGGAGCCUCAGUCACUGAACAAACUGAGGAAACCUUCUGCUGGGCUUUAUUAAUGUCACAUUUGGUCAUCCUUCCUGCCUGUAGCCUGCUAGGAGCACACUUGGAACUCUUUUCGAGGAUAUUUUUCAGUUCUUGGUCAGAUGGUACUCCGGAAUCAUAUUUCCAAUGCUCUAUUAUAUUCACACUAUUAGGAGCAUGGCUUGGAGCUUUUCCCAUUCCUUUGGACUGGGACAGACCCUGGCAGGUGUGGCCCAUUCCCUGUGUAAUUGGAGCACUUAUAGGUUACAUCGUAGGACUAGCAAUUUCAACAUUAAUAUUUGCUUUCAGCGCGGAACGACUGCACCCGUGAUAAACCUACAGCAGCUUUCCUGAUCACUAGUGCUACAGUAUUCAUGACAAAAGAGAUGUCCUUUGUACCAGUCAAGAUGUUGAUGAGGGAGCAUGUGGUUAAACGACUAGAAGAAGUUGCGUAGUCAAAGAAACUUACUAUCUCAGUGCUAAAAGGCCUUUCGUUAAGCCAAUGCUGUUUAGGAACAAAAUCCAUUUUCUUCGUCCUUUCAUAACAGAUAUUUAAGAGUAAAAAUAAAAAUGAAAAGUUGCCUUUGAGA